AUGGAACCGCAGCAGCAGCCGUCGCAACCAGGCCCAGGAGCGGCAGCAGCAGCGGCCUCGGAUAAGAACAAUGCCACAGUGAAGCCAACUACAGCCAAAUCGCGUGCCCGCCAUCGAAGGAAGGAGAAGGACGACACAGCAACCGACGCGCCUGGCGAUGACUCGAACAAGCGACGCUGUGUGAGCUCAGCUUGUGUAGCCUGUCGCAAGAGGAAGUCAAAAUGUGAUGGCAACUUGCCCUCUUGCGCAGCCUGCGCCCAGGUCUACAAUACGGAAUGUGUAUAUGAUCCUAAUUCAGAUCACCGCCGCAAGGGCGUGUACCGGAGCGACGCCGAUUCCAUCAAAACGCGCAACUCUACCCUGCAGACCCUUAUUCACGCCAUUCUCAACUAUCCCGAAGAAGAUGUGCCCGCCCUGGUGCGUGAGAUGCGCACUUGUGAGAGUCUGGACAAGGUCGCUGAGCGAGUUGUCGCUCGUGAGCAAGGCCUGGAUGUGGACGAGUCGGAUGAUCAAAUGGACGAAGAACAUUCUCAUAAUCGCACAAACCCUUCUUCGACAGCAACGCCGCUAUUCGAGAAGCAACUGUCCACUCGUGCGGGCGAGCUGAGACUCGACGAUGGCUCAGUGCGCUAUAUCGGCGGCACCUCAAAUCUACUCUUCUUGCAAGCCGACGACUCGCAGUCCUCGUCUGUGUCUGACGCAUAUCCUCAGCAAGAAAAUCCUGUCACAUCCUGGACUAAUCAGACAUCUGAUCCCGAGCUGGUCAUGCAUCUUGUCAACAUGUACUUUACAUGGCACUACACCUACUUCACAUGCCUACCCAAGCAUCUUUUCUUCCGCGAUUUCAUGAGAGGAAAGCCUCCAUCUGACACUCGGCGAAAAACCGAAUACUGUACGCCCUUGCUAGUGAAUGCUAUUCUCGCCCUUGGCUGCCACUUCACCUCUUCGCCUGGUGCGCGUGAGAACCCGGACGACUCUGCUACUGCUGGUGACCACUUCUUCCGCGAAGCGAAACGACUUAUUAUGGAUAACGAUGAAUAUGAGAAGCCAAAGAUGACCACGGUUCAGGCUCUGGCACUUAUGAGUGUGCGUGAGGCUGGUUGCGGUCGUGAAGCCAAGGGCUGGGUAUAUUCGGGAAUGAGUUUCCGUUUGGCUUGUGACAUGGGUCUGAACAUCGAUUCAUCUGGUCUGAGUCACGGCGCUGACCAUACUAUCGAUUCCGAGGAAGAGGAUGCUCGUCGAAUCACAUUCUGGGGUUGUUUUCUGUUCGACAAAUGCUGGUCAAAUUACCUGGGUCGUCUACCUCAACUACCCAGCUCGGCCAUCACAGUGCCCAAAUUCGAUGUCUUUCCGGACGAAGACAGUGCCUCUUGGGCACCAUAUACAGAUUCAGGCUUCAUGAGUGCGCGAUCCCAGCCCGCCCGUACCCGUGCAGUUGCUUUGCAGAUAUCAGUGCUCUGCGAGAUCAGCAACGAUCUCAUGCGACACUUCUACAAUCCAAGUGAUAUGGACAAAAGCCGCGGUCGGCAAGCCGAACUCAAGAUGUUGAGUGAUAUUCAUACCCGCCUUGAAAGCUGGCGUCGCAAUCUACCUGCAGAAAUGGAGCCCAAAGAGGGAGGGCUCAGCAGUGUUCUGACCAUGCACAUGUUCUUCCAACUUCUGUUUAUCCACCUUUUCAGACCUUUCCUCAAGUACAAUCAGAGCACGUCGCCCUUGCCUGCAAAUGUCAGCCCGCGAAGGCUAUGCACGCAAGCCGCAGGCAUGAUCUCGAAGCUCAUGCGCUUAUACAAACGAUCGCACGGUCUGAGACAGAUCUGCAAUGUGACUGUCUAUAUCAUGCAUACUGCAUGUACUAUCCAUCUGCUAAACCUGCCGGACAAGAAUGCUCGCCGUGACAUUAUUCACGGCAUCAAGCAUCUAGAAGAGAUCGGAGAAGGCUGGCUCGGCGCGCGCCGCACGUUGAGCAUUCUUUCCGUCAUGGCGCGAAAGUGGAAGGUCGAGCUACCUGAGGAAGCAGCGACCGUACUUGCUCGUGCCGAAACCAAAUUCAGUGCCCACAGCAUAGACACGCCUAGUCCGAUGGCACGCCGAGAAUCCAUGAAUGCAGUGAUGGGGACAUCAGAAGCCCAGCCAGUGCAAAGAGUACAACAGCCUCUCACCCAACAGCGAACUGCGUGGUCACAAGCACAGCAAGCCAUGCUCGCCAAUGCCUCUGCGCCAAUGUACGGACAAAUCCCAUUCAACGCUCAAUCAACCGCAAAUCCCUUUACUCUACCUCCUCAAUCAGCAUCCGAUAUGCGUGCAACAAAUUAUCCUUCUGCACAAUCCACACCCUUCACAAACGGCCUCCAAUCGAUGAACUCGGCAGAGUCGCCGACAGCGACCUACACGGCAGCCGCAAGCCCAUCAGACAUGUUCGGUGGAGUCGAACAACUACUACGUGACAGCCAAGACUGGGUGUUCCGCGAUCAAGCACAACUAGCUUCCGGCUUUGGCAACUGGGGUGGCGCGCUUGACUUGGGUGUCACACCUCUGGGACAAAGUCCUGUCACUGCAGGACCUGGACUAGGUGCUUUUUCAUCUGCAGCAGCAGCAUAUCCUUCUGUCAUUGGCAGUGGUGGCGUGGGCGCUCAACAGCAACAGCAACAACAAACCCGGCAACAGCAAGAUGGGUUUGAUUCUAUGACGACUUAUGACGAGAGGGAAUGGUAUCAAUGA